AUGAAGUACGCCGCAGCUCUAUCGCUAGCCGUUGCGCCUCUGGCCAUCGCUAAAGCCGUCCACAAUGUCUACCCUCAACACAAGAGGACUAGCCACAUGAAGGGUGAAGCCUCCAAGGGUGAAGUUCUUAACCUGAUAGAAGGCGUCUCUCUCGGAAGCACGACUCAGGUUAUUGUCAUUUGGGCGAACCCUGGAGCCAACGCCGAGACCACAACCCUCCACGAGCAGGUUACCGUAACCCAGACAGUUACCGCUGGUGCGCAAGCAACAGUAAUUGGAACCGAUACCCUCGCUCAAGGUGCUACCACCACAGCCGUCGCUGGCGCGAUACAAACACACCACGUCCAGGUUGGUGGCGAUGCCGGCCUCGUCUUCACCCCCGCUGAGGUGAAGGCCAACGUGGGCGACAUGGUCGUCUUCGAAUUCAUGAGCAUGAACCACACUGCUACUCAAUCAACUUUCGCCGAGCCUUGCAAGGCUAUGGAGGGUGGUAUGGACUCUGGUUUCCAGGCGAACCCCAACAACACCGUCUCCCCCGCUCCCGCCGUUGCCAUGCAAGUCAUGACCACUGAGCCUUUAUGGUUCUACUGCAAGCAGAAGGGUCACUGCGGCAAGGGCAUGACCUUCUCCAUCAACCCUACUGCUGAGAAGUCCCAAGCUAUCUUCCAGCAAAUGGCCAUUGCCCAGAAUGGUGCCGGAGCCGGCAGCGCUAUCACCGGCAACGCCACUGAGACUGCCCCUGCCGCCUCUUCGGCUGUUGCAGCCGCGCCUCCUGCUGCCACAGGAGCUGUCGAGAUGCCCUCUGGCGUCACCCCCGGCUCUGGCCUCAUGGAGAACGGUGCUUGUGUUUGCGCUGUUACCUGCGGUGCUGGCAGCUUUCCCGCUGUACAGGCCCAAGGUGUAGGUGCCUUCGGUGGCUUCGCAGGAGCUCUACCUUCCGGCAUGAUGGAAGCCUAA